AUGGUGAAUGAAGAUAAUUUCUUUGUGGGUGUUAAGGAAAGUGGUAGCUGUAUAAUCUUUAGUAAUGCAUUUGACAAGAAAAUCGAGGAAGAUGAUGAUCAAGCGGGCCUCAUGAGCCGCCCGUUAGCUGCCAUUGUAGAUUCUCCAUACACAAUGGAUGAUGCUAAAAGUUUUGGACUUGAAAAGUGUGCGGUUUUAGAGGCGAAUACCGGUCUAAUUUCAUAUAAGAAUGGUAUCACUAAUCGUAAUGUCAUCAAGAGAUCGGAUUCGUGGGUGUCGACAAUUUCAUCCGAGAUAGUGGAUAAUCUUUCUGUGGGAAAAACUCGUGAGUGUGUUCUUAAACGAACAUUCUCAGCCUCCUUAGUCGAGGCCUCGCAAGAAAAUGAGAUGAUUAAGCAUAAUCUUCCUCUAAAUGCUCCGCCACUGUGGGGCUCGAUUUCUAUUUGCGGAAGGAGGGCAGAAAUGGAAGAUUCAAUUGUGGCUCUACCGAGAUUUCUCAGCAUCCCUGCUUGUAUGUUGAGCGAAAGACCGGUUUUCACUUCUGUGAAUAAAGAUUUAACGGGCCAUGUUUUCGGUGUUUAUGACGGGCAUGGAGAUAGUUCUUUUUUAUUUGGUUUUGUUAAGGUUUCUGAUUACUGCCGGGAGUAUCUGCAUUUAGCAUUAGCCGACGAGGUUCGCGUAGCCAAAGAGAAAUUGUCCGUUGAGUUUGGUGGUGGCCAUAAGUUGAAUGAGCAAUGGCUCGAGAUAUUUUGUAACUGUUUCCGGAGAUUGGACGACGAGGUCGGAGGAUUCACUCGAGACAGUAUGGAAAAAAACCACGAUUCUCCGGUUUCUCCAAUUGCACCGGAUUCCGUGGGGUCCACAGCCGUGGUUGCGAUAGUCUGCACCUCGCAUAUUAUUGUGGCGAAUUGUGGUGAUUCUAGGGCCGUUUUGAACCGGGGAAAAGUGCCCGUGCCGUUGUCCGUUGACCAUAGGCCAAAUAGAGAAGAUGAGAGUGCAAGGAUAGAAGGUCUUGGGGGGAAAGUCAUUAAUUGGGACGGGCACCGAGUUUCGGGGGUCCUUGCUGUGUCGAGAUCCAUUGGUGAUAGAUACUUGAGGCCUUAUGUAAUUGCUGAUCCAGAACUAAUGAUAGUCCCUCGAACAAAAGAAGACGAGUGCCUCAUUCUAGCUAGCGAUGGCCUAUGGGAUGUAAUGUCCAAUAACGAGGCUUGUGAUCUGGCCCGAAAGCGGAUUUUACUCUGGCACAAGAAGAACGGGCCCACGCUCCCGAAAGAACGAGGGCACGAUGUUGAUCCUGCAGCCCACGAUGCAGCUGAUUACCUCUCUCGUGUUGCUUUACAAAGGGGGAGUCGAGACAAUAUCUCGGUCAUCGUGGUUGAUUUGAAAGCGCGAAGGAAAUUCAAAAGGAAGAUGUGA